CAAAAACUUUAGCUCAGUUUCCCCUGUUUUCGUGUAAACAAGUUCAAUUCACUUUCUUCCCGUUCUCCAUUGCACCUCGACUUAGUAGCAACGCCUCCUCAGCAUUCACCCGGCCCAAACGACCAACAAUGCCGCAAAAGCAAAAGGCCUCGAUCAGCGACAUGGUGGACAAACUUGUCGAGGUCUCGGUCGUGAUGAAAAACCGCAUGGGACUCAAGCCGGCGGAGAGCGAUCGUGUCCGCGGUGCUUUCGAGCUCUUGGCCGCCGGCAUGCCUCCCACCGACGCCAGAGGAAGGGCGAACAAAUUAAUCUAUGUCGAGUUCCUUCAAAGGGUUCAACAUCUUCUCGGAUUGGAGGGCGUGGUUCUUUGCGCCGUUGGCCUUGGUGUUUCCGCCGUGGCUUCCAUGGGGGACAAACGUCGCGUCGAUCUGCCACACGAGCUAAACAUCCGCUGGCAAGAAAUUCCUCAAGACAGUCUCAAAGGUAUCGCCGAUGAGUUCUCGAAAAAAUAUUUUCCUUCCCCAACCGGCGAAGAACGCGCGGCGUCUCCUUGUCCAGCCGGGGGAAAAAGCCCGUCGCUGCCAGGCGAACAUCGGGAAAUGGAAGCGGUGUCUCAGUUUGCCGGCGACGCUUAUGCGCUUACUUGGGAUGACGUCAGACAAAUUUUGGGCAGUGCCUGUGUGGGACAGCCAUACUUCAUCGAUACCUUCUCGGACCAUGUCAAUUCCUUCGCAAUUGUUCCUGUGUCUCAGGAACUCACAAACCAUUUUGUCAGGCAGCGCCAGAAGCACAUCUCGUAUGUAUCGCUUCCCCAUAAUUGACCGGCAUCGCUUGCGGGUUACAAGCGGGACGCGGGGAGGAAAUCCGUCAAGGAUAUAAGGCGACUCGUCCAAUCCGAGCAGGAAGUGAGAGAAAGGGUCAAUAGGAGUGGUUGAAGUACUGAAAGGAAGAAGCGUUGUGUGCCGUGUUUCACUCAAAACAUUAGAAUCCUGGCUCCUUUCAGGCCGAGCCGUUUGUCUCCAUCUUCCCACCUUUUCCG